AUGCGUCUCUCAAUGUGUGAAACUAGAGUUGCCAAUCUAUGGACAACUAGUGCUGCCUUGUCAAAACUUCUUUCUUUGGUCGAGCUCCGCUUUCAAAAUUGUGUAUGUUGCAAUGAUACUAGGCCAUGUCCUGCAUCAUCCAGUAAGAGGGAUAAUCUCCUUCUUGGUGACAGAGCUGUGUCAGGUCAUUUGAGCAGGUACUUCGACACCAAGCAACCAACUAUUGCAGGCAGAGAUGCUACAUAUUCAACUUUGGCUGCAGAUGAUGGUGCAGUUAAUAUUUCAAGCCACUUCCAAAGAAUUGGUUUUUCGGAACUCUCUUCUGAUGCCAUUCAUAUCUCAAGUGGACAGGACAACUCGCAAAUUAAGGUUUCUUUUGGCAUAGAAGAUAAGGAGGAGUUUCCUAGGAGUCUUCUUAAUGGGGACAUGGAAGAUGCCUCAAUUGCUUCAAGGAUAUAUGUUCCACAUCAUCCUUCACCCAUCUGCUUUGAGAAACAUUACAGGGAGUUUAUGAUUGCUUCAUUGCCAUGUCUGAACGUGUUAGAUAAUUUACCUAUACGAAAAGUGGACAAGGAAAUAGCGAAGACUGUCUUCUUAAAGUACUAUGAGCACUUACCAUAUAAAAGACGACACAGAGAAAGUGUUGUCAGUGUUUUGCAAAUGCGCGAAACAGGGGCAAGUAGUAUGCACCACCAAAUAUCUUCCAGGCCAAAGCAGCCAUAUAUUUGCAGGAAAAGUCAGUAUUUCUACUCCAGGUCCUUUUGUGCUGCCAAACUUGGGUCUUCUGCAUGGCCUCUGUUACACCCCAUGUCCAAUAUCAGCCAUACUACCAAAGAAGAGAACAAGAGCUUUCGGCCAAGGCAGUUUGAGUACCACCCAUCUGACUCUAGUUUAAUGGUUUUUGGAACUCUAGAUGGGGAGAUAAUAGUUAUCAACCAUGAGAAAGGGAAUAUCGUUGGUUAUAUUCCAUCACUUGGAAUGGCUAACAGUGUUUUGGGAUUAUGUUGGCUUAAAAAGUAUCCAUCCAAGUUUGUUGCUGGUUCCGACAAUGGUUCGUUGAGGUUGUAUGACAUUAAUGAUAUGAUGCGGACAGUUGCAGAUGGCUACUGCAGUUCCAAUACUGUAACCUUCGAUGACUUUGAGCAGUUGACUUCUGUUCAUGUCAAUUCAACUGAUGACCAGUUUAUUACAAGUGGUUAUUCACGAAAAGUUGCUGUAUAUGAUAUUUGCAGUGGAAGACGCUUACAGUUGUUCACUGAUAUGCAUCAAGAACCCAUUAAUGUUGCUAAAUUUUCCCACCAUUCCCGCUCUCUGUUUGUUACUUCAUCAUUUGACCGCGAUGUGAAGAUGUGGGACUUAAGACAGAAACCAACACGGCCUUGCUAUGCUGCUUCAAGUUCAGGAGGAAACGUGAUGGUUUGCUUCUCUCAUGAUGACCUUUAUCUGCUCGUGUCUGCUGUAGACAAUGAGGUAAAGCAACUUUUGGCUGUAGAUGGGAGCCUCCACACAAAUUUUGAGAUAGCUUCUACUGGAAAUGCCCAUAACUACACUCGUUCAUAUUACAUGAAUGGAAGGGACUAUAUUGUCAGUGGGAGUUGUGCUGAGCCAGUCGUUCGCAUUUCUUGUGCUCAAACUGGAAGGCGACUUAGAGAUAUCCAUUUGGAGGGAAGGGGCUUGGGCAGCUCAAUGUUUGUGCAAUCCCUAAGAAGUGAUCCUUUUAGACAUUUUCACUUGGCUGUCUUGGCGGCCUAUUUGCCGCCAACCUCAAAGUGCGAGAUCAUCAAGACUAUUGCUCAUCAACUUGCUAUUACCGAUGUUCCUCCAGCAACAAACCUUGCUCAAUGCCACCGGUCACUAACCAGCCCCUUUCUUCGCACUCAAACUACAGACCAACUCAACAAAAUCGUGGCUGCGGCAAUCACAACAGAGGAGGUCGUGGUCGUGGUCGUGGACGUGGACGUUAUUCAUCUGGCGGCAAUUUUCACGAUUCUGGUGGCCAAUCUAAUGGAUCAGGUGUAG